CAACCAACAAUCACCAUGAAAUUCCUGAUUGUCUUCGUCGCCCUCUUCGCCGUGGCUCUGGCUGCUCCUUCUCCUAUCCCAGAUACCGAAAUCUUGCGUUUGGAUUCCGAUGUUGGACCCGAAAGCUUCAAAUACGGCUGGGAGACUUCCGAUGGAAGUGCUGCUCAAGCUGAGGGUAAGCUGAACAACGCUGGAACUGACAACGAGUCUCUUGCCGUCCGUGGAUCCUUCUCCUUUGUGGGCGAUGAUGGCCAGACCUACACCGUCAACUACAUCGCCGAUGAGAACGGAUUCCAGCCCCAGGGUGCCCAUCUGCCCGUUGCCCCUGUGGCCUAAGUCUUUUAAAAUUGUUAACUAGUUCCCUUUUAAUGUCGGUUAAUCGGAAAAAGAAACCCGUUAUGACCUUUUUUUUAUUAAGG